AUGCUCCCAUCGGAGAGGGUAGACAACCCAAAUCCUGACGAUGUCAAGAAGGAAAAGCAGAAAAUUGUCAAUCUGAUCGUUUCCAAGUCAAACUUGGACAUUUACAAUUCACCCGAGGCUUGGUCGCUUUUCAAGGAACUAGGCGGCGAUGUCAUGAUCAAUGCAUUUGCAUGUAAUUUCAUGGUUGAUGGAGUGCCUAACACGGAUGUGAUCGAGGCCAACCAGCUCAACACGAGAAUCUUCAACAAAACGUCGCUCUCCUCAACCAAUGGCGGUGGCGAAAUCGACAUGCCCGAAUUUUUCCUUACCUCUAGUGUGCUUUCCCAAGCUGACUAUGGAGCUUGUUUGGAUAAAUUCAAGUCAAGGAUGGGUCUUUCAGGUCCACAAGAUCUGUAUGUUCUUGUGAAUGUCACUAUGAGCCCAUGGGCAACAACAGGUGCGCAAUCGAUCCUCAAUGACAUGGUGGGUGAUUUCAAGACGAUCGCGGAGAAAGAAACCUCUAUCGACCGAAACGCUGUCAAACCUCAAAAGCAUGACUUUGUCAUGCAAGGCACAGAUACACUGUACCUAGUCCACCUGCCAAAAUUCCAACUAGCAAGCCACCGGUACCAGCUCGUGAUGACAGGAACGCUAGACUCCUCAGCCAUGCAGCAAUACGCCGCCCAGAGAAAGGAGAAUCCUAACGACUACUUCCUGCUUGAAAACGCAACAGACGCAAUACUGGACGAUUUAACCGCAUCAGGAAGCCAGAUCGCAAUCAGCGUCUUCAAGGAAUCCGACACGACUCAAAAGCCUGUUAUCCAAGGCACCCUGACCAUCGGCGACCUUAUCGUCAAGAAAUCUCUCCUAGGGGGCGCCCUAGACCCAACCUUCCCGUCACAGAUGCCGUUCCACCUCUACGCAGAGUUGUCAACAAUCAAGCCAAUCUGCAAUCAGGCCAAAUGUGGCCCCUGCUCACUAGCCUUGUCGAUCAGCCACGGGCCUAUAAGAGAGACGUGCCACCCCUCUAUCUAG